UCGGGUUCUUUAGUGUUGCCGCGAUACCCGAGAGAGACGAAAUGGUAAAGUUACGGAUAGCGGUUGUGUUGUGGAGUGUUGUAUAGAAAACAACAACAAAGAAACGGGUUAAGUUUCACCAGCCAAAAAAUUAUUUUUUUUUUUUCAUUUGUUCGAUUCAAAAAUUGUCACAAUCAAUAGAAAAAGGCCACAACAGCAACAACAACAACCACAUACAUAGGUGAAGUUAAUUCAUGUGAUAGCCAAAUAGAAAAAGAAAAUCAAAUAAAAGCUAAUUGAAUUAAAUUAGCCGUGGAAUAAAAAAAGAAGCAAAAGAAGAAAUAAGAAAAAAAAGUGAAAUUUGAUAUAAAUUCCAAAUUUGGAGAUUACGACAAGAAGGAGAAGCAAAUAUACCUCACACAACCUGAAUUUUUAAUUGCCAUCAAGCAACAAAUAAAAAGUGCAUUGAAUUCGUAAAUAAUAAAAUCAAAAAAAAAGAUAAAGGCAAAAAAGAAUAAGAGAGUGAAACAAAAAUAAUUUCCAUUACAACAAAGUGCAACAGCAGCAGUGCAACAAUAACACAGAAAUCAUGUCUAAUUCAUGUCGUAGAAAAUUACGUGUUUUACCGCUGCCGGUUGAUUACGUCUCGUUACGUUCAAGGCAAGUUGACGACAACCACCACGACAACGACGACGAUGCUAACGACGUUAAUCUGGCUGCCAUUGAUAACAACAACGACGACCAACAACAAGAGCCAACACAUAACACCUCAAUGGAAACGGUUGGAGGGAAUUUUAGCAGGCGCACAGCGGCAGCAGCAACAACAACAUCUGUUGGUAAUAAAAUGUUGCUGACAGAAACCAAAUCUCUGGAAUUAAAGACCCGACCCGGCCGCGAGGAUGAAGACUACGAAGAUGAGGAGAUAUCCAAAGUUGAAAUUCGGGUAAAGCCCUCAUCCUCAAGACCGGUGAAUUUCCGUAAUAUUACAUUCGAAGAUGAUUUGGCGUCGGUACAUCCCGAUGAUCACUAUGCCGCUCAGUUUGAGGCUUUUGGUACAACACCACCCAGAACACGAUUGAAGAACAAAAAUCGUGAUUGGGAGCGUAAACAGAAGUCUCUGGCCACAGCCUCAACGGGAGGCUGUGAAUCGCCUGUGGCGCCCAAAAAGGGAACAUCACGAAUGACACGUUCACGUGUCCUGCGACGCAACACCAUGGAUUGUGCUUUGCUCAAUGAGAUGUUUGUAAAUGAGGAUAGUGCUACCAAGAGGGCGGACAAGAGGGCCCAGGCCUUGUUGCGUGAAUCGGAACGUGAAUUGAAAAACUCGUUGGCCUUAACUUCGGCAUCGGUGGUGUUGAACAACUAUAAUCCGCGGGUAACAAGUUUUCAUGAAAGCUCCCACAAUCUGGAGGCCAUGGAUAAGUGUACACCCCUAAAUAAUGAGGUUACAUUGAGAUAUCAACAGCCGAAGGUUGUGGAAUCGUGUAAUCGUUAUAUGAGUGUAUCGUCCAGGCCCACAGGAUGUCGUGCCUCAGCUCCGCCCCAGGCGUUUGCCAAUAGCUUGAGUUUGGGGUUUCAAUCGACGCCGGGUUUUAAGAUACGCAAAGAAUUUCAUGAAACCUUUGCCAAUCUCAUUAAAUUGGGUAGUGUGGAUCGUCAGGAUGCCAAGAUUUCCCACGAAGAGCAUACCUGGCAAACAGAAGUCAAAGAUCUCAUUUGGCUUGAAUUACAGGCAUGGCAAGCCGAUCGUACACCCGAGCAGCAGGAUAGAUAUUUAUUUGCAGCACGCAAAGAUGUUCCGGAUUUGUUGACACAAAUCAUCAACUACAGAUUCCAGCCUCGUUUUCGGCGGCAGGAAAGUGAAUUCAGUGUGGACAGUGGCCUGGGGACCGACAGUAAUGCUAGUUCCCCUCAACCACAAAAAUUCUGCGAAGGUUGUCUCUCGUUGUACUGUAAAGAUUGCACCGACCAACAGGAGAUUGCCAUGAAGGAGGUUGAAGAAUUACUUACCCGUCUAGAAGCAGCUGAGGCCCUAUAUCCAUCGUCGCAGGCUAUGGGUGCCUUUCAUCCCAUCUACAAGAGUGAAUCGUUUGUGGGUCGCAUCAAGACAAUGUGCCUGUGGUAUAACAUAACCAAACAAGCCCGCUUGAAACUAACAAUAUUGGGCAAAAUUUUGGCCCGUCUACAGGGUGAGAAAUUCUCAUGGCCCGUACAGACCUCGUACACCGCCACGACCGAAUCGAGUAGCGGCAAUUCAUCGGCUUCCGGUAUGGAUAAUGAAGAUUCGGGUAUGAAUUCAAUUGAUUCGACACGUUCCAUGCAUCGUAAGCUGUCAUCGACAAAUAAUGUGGGUGUGCCAAUGCCCAAGGUACAAUUUCUAUUGAAUGAUGUUGCCCAUGUGCCCGGUGAUACAACUAGCAGUAAUGAGUCUUCAUCCACGGAAAUCAGUCAAAUAUCGGAGAGCAUUUCUUCAACAAUAUCGGCACAUUCGUUUCGUAAAAAUUCCAUACAUGAUUUGAAUAUCUUCAGCGUGGAGCCCUUGCGCAAUGGCAGCGGUACUAAUCCCGAACAAUCAUCAGCGCUAUAUCGUAAAUUUAUCGAAAAUGUUUUAAAGUCACGAGGAUUGGCGAAAUCCCUGGCAUUCCUACACAAACUGCACAAUGUCGUAAUGUGUAAGGCACAAAUUUCAUUGGAAAAGCCCGGCACAGAGGAUUACGAUUUUGAGACUGAAAAAAUUGAGGAGGAUGUUCCAAGGCUGGAGCCUGACAUUAGUCAAGAACAAAUUGAGGAGUUGCGUCGCUAUGGCUACUGGAGUGAUGAAUACAAAUCCAUAAAUUUGCCAACUUACAUUCCGAUUUUUGUAUUUUUAAGUGGCGUCCCCUUGCAGUUUAUGCAUGAGUUUAUGCGCAUGCGCUUGGAAACCAGGCCCCCGAAGCCGAAUCCCUUGAGCUUGGAACAACUGAUGAAGGAAUUGCGUGAGGGUCUCACCUUGGCCUUGACCCAUCGCGAACGCUACCAAAGGCAUAUUACCACCGCCCUGGUGGAAAACGAAGAUGAACUGGAACGAUAUACCAGUAUCCUAAACCAAUAUGAUGCCACUGUAAGAAAGGUGUUUGAAUUGUAUUUGGAAUACAUUGACCAAUUGGUGUUGGUGGCCUGUCCGGAAAAUAACCAAAAAUCCGCACUGGAAAAAGAGUGGAUGUUUACCAAACUUAUUUCUCCCAUGAUAUCGGGAAUGCACACACUGGCAGCGAAAAAAUUCUGUAAUAUAAUACGUAAUCUUCUUAAGGGUAUAUCGGAGCGAUUAGUCAGUCGUUCCGAAGAAUUGGAUAUACAAAUAGAGGGAACGACAGCACAGAAUCUCGAAACGGAAUUAAAAUGGCAGGUAUUGACAAUAUGUCGCGAAACCCAAUCACUAUUCACUGUGGAACGAGAAAGUUCGGUAAAGGUGUUAUUCUUUGCCAAGACCUUUUGUCGUGAUGUAGAAUCGGCCGAUUUUCAUCGUGAACACUAUGAAAACGAUGUCGAUGUGAAUGGCGCCCAAUGUGAUGUUGUCUGUGAGGAAGCAAAAACUGCAUUUAAGCUGCUGCAGCGAGAUGUGUUGGAUGUGCGGAAUAAACUAACCAAGAUUAUUGAAAGGGUCCAGGAGAGAUGUUCACCCGUGCAUGUGAUGGACGUGGAUGAGCAAGACCGCCAGGCUGUACUCUCCAGAACCCGGGAAAUUCUUCAUCAGGGCUACAAAUUCGGUUUUGAAUACCACAAGGAUGUGAUAAGACUCUUUGAGCAUCGCAUAAUGUCGACGAAAAACGAAGGCUUCGAGGAGGAAUUGUCACUGGGCAUUGUGACCUUUGCCAAAAUGUGGAUGCAAUUUGUGACCGAACGCUGUGAACGAGGCCGAGGCAUGCGUCCACGUUGGGCCUCUCAGGGUCUAGAGUUCCUAAUAUUGGCUUGUGAUCCACAAAUUACCCGGCACUUAGAUGAGACACAAUUCGAGGACCUGAAAAAGAAAAUGGAUCGUUGCAUCUCGCAUGUAAUUGGCAUAACAUCAGAGCCUGAGAAGACACGGAAGAAGGCAUCGCCAAGGACGCGAAAAACUUCCUCACCUGCCACCAGCCGCUCACGGACACCCACAAGAUCGCCACUAUCAGCUGGUAUUGUGGUGAAUAAUACAACGCCACAACAAUCACCACAAUACAAUAAAUUCCUACAUCCGCAAUUUAGUCAUCGGGAGGAAAUAUUCAGUCGCACCGAAUCGCUGGACUCCACCGAUUCCACAUCCACAUUGGAUGUCACCAGUAAAAUGGGUGAUCUUCGUUUAAUAGUGCCCUCAGCGAUAAACGAAAAGUCCUCGGCACCGCCGACACCACCCACUAACCCCAAUCAAGUUGGAGCCGAUGCCUCGCUUGCCUUGAGACAAAUACGCAUACGCGAUGCCAUAAAUCGCCUUGAUUUGGACCUUGACGAACGCUUGCGUGAACGUAAUCUGAUCGGUCAGAUUAAGGCCUUGAAUUCCUGCGACAAAGUACAAAUUCGGGCCCGCAGUGUCCACUUCCGUUGGCAUCGUGGCAUUAAAAUUGGUCAGGGUCGUUUUGGCAAAGUCUAUACAGCGGUCAACAACAAUACGGGCGAACUGAUGGCCAUGAAAGAAAUUGCCAUACAUCCCGGCGAGACGAGGGUAUUGAAAAAUGUUGCCGAAGAAUUGAAAAUUCUUGAGGGUAUUAAACAUGAAAAUCUUGUCCGUUACUAUGGCAUUGAGGUGCAUCGUGAGGAGUUGUUAAUAUUUAUGGAGUUGUGUUCGGAGGGCACGCUUGAGUCGCUGGUCGAAUUAACCGGUGGCUUGCCGGAGGGCUUGACGCGUCGUUUCACCUCCCAAUUGUUGUCGGGUGUUGCUGAACUCCACAAGCACGGUAUUGUGCAUAGGGACAUAAAGACUGCAAAUAUAUUUUUAGUUGCCGGCGGUAAUAGCCUUAAAUUGGGUGAUUUUGGUUCGGCUGUAAAGAUUCAGGCACACACAACGGUUCCGGGCGAACUGCAGGGCUAUGUUGGAACACAGGCUUACAUGGCUCCUGAAGUUUUUACCAAAACCAAUAGUGAUGGUCAUGGCAGAGCUGCUGAUAUUUGGUCUGUUGGCUGUGUGGUGGUGGAGAUGGCCUCCGGCAAGCGUCCUUGGGCCCAAUUCGAUUCGAAUUUCCAAAUUAUGUUCAAAGUUGGUAUGGGUGAGAAACCGGAGGCACCCGAAACCUUGUCACAAGAAGGUCAUGAUUUCAUUGAUCAUUGUCUGCAACAUGAUCCCAAGGAUCGUUUGACUGCCGUUGAAUUAUUGGAACUUAAUUUUUGUAAAUAUGGCCGUGAUGAAGACUUCAAUGCCGAACAAUUGGCUGAACAGGGUCGACGUUCAUUCAGACGCAAUAUUCGAAUGAAAUGAAGAAACAUUCAGCGUUUCCUUUUUUUUUGGACCAGAUGAAGGCAUUUUGUUUGUGUUUCACUGUUUGUAGCUUUACCUCAUUUAAAUGUUUUUAUUUAAAAAAAAAAUACAAAUAUUAAUUAUUUUUCCUAUAUUUUAGGAAAAUUAAAAAAAUAUAUGUGCAUAUUAGUCGCAAAACAAAACAUAUUUUAGUAGCUAUUUUCUGUGUUCUGUGUAUACAUGA